UGCAGCACAAUGAGUACACAUAGAAAAAAAGAACCUCCUCCCUACAUCGUACCUGGUCAGGGAAACAGGGUGAACAUUUACCACACUCCAUUCACCCCUUCUCCCGCCUUAUAGGACUCCGUGUCUCCGGUCACACCAGUUGAAAAUCAGGAGGACGGGAUGCACAUUUAUUACACACCGUUCAACCCUCCUCCCUCCUCACAGGACUCCAUGUCUCAAGUCCCACCAGUGUACACCAGCGGAGGAGGAGCCGUGGGUUCAGGUCUCGAUUCUGAAGAUGGCAAAAGAAAAUUUGUGAGCUACGACACGGUGCUGGGGAAUUGUCCCGGCAUGACAACCUGCUUUUCCUGCCAGCAGCAGGUCAUGACCAACAUUACCUACAAAGCUGGAACUUACGCCUGGCUGAUGUGUACACUCUUCAUCAUCCUCGGGUUAACCAUGUGCCUGGUACCAUUCUGCCUGUUUAUCGUCUGGAAACAGACUAAGGAUGUGUACCACACGUGCCCCCUCUGCAACAGAGUCCUUCACGUCGAGAGGAAAAAAUGCUGUAAAUGACAGACAUGAAGGCAGAGCUGGACCCAUUGAAAUAAGACAUAACAUCCUGUUACCUUUGUCUGCAGUUGCCCCGUCUUAUGAAAUUGUUGAGGAGAGGUCGCACUUCAAAUGUAGCUUAUUUCCAUGGAUGAGCCAUUGCACAAGGCAAAAUCAAACAUGAAUGACUUCCACGUAUUAUUAGUAAACAGACUGGGAGUGAUUGUAU